GGAGCGAUUUCUCUCACAAGAGUCCACAGCCCUCCUCGGAUGUGUAGACCUAAGUCUAUUCCGUUCAAAACAUUUUUUAUAUACAUUUCAUUUGGAAGACCCCCAUUUCCCCCAAAAAUAAAACGCAACAUGGAAUCGAAGAUGGAGUAACUUAAGACCCUAUUUACCUCUGUUUAAUGGACUGGAUGAUUUCCAAGUCAAACUGUGAUUCCCACAGCUUUGCAGGGGAGCAUGACGGUCAUGAAUCUGCGCUCAGCGUAUUCUCCAUGGCACUCAGGGGCUGCUGUACAGUAGCUGUAUCCAGUGGGGAGGGCGGCGUAUCCAAGGGUGAAUAUGAAGUUUGCCGAACCCUUGGAAAGCCAGAGGCUGUCUUUUCUUCUGGAAAAGGCCGCCUCUAGGGAAUCCCUGAUGUGGAAGGCGUACGUGGCCAAAAAGAGAUCUCCCGGCAGUCAGGAAACAGACAUCUCCCCUGCCCAGCGUGAUGAGGCAGUGUACUGGCUCAUUAACCUCCAAAAUGACACCAAGCUCUAUCCAGAGACCCUCUCCCUAGCCAUCAGUAUUUUGGACAGGUUUUUAGGCACUAUAAAGGCCCGUCCAAAGUACCUCCGUUGCAUCGCCAUUGCCUGUUACUUCCUGGCUGCCAAAACCAGCGAGGAGGACGAGCGUGUGCCGUUGUUGCGUGACUUGGCCAGCAGCAGCAGCUGUGGCUGCUCUCCAUCAGAGAUACUGAGAAUGGAGAGGAUCAUUCUGGAUAAACUCAACUGGGACCUGCACGCUGCAACACCGCUGGAAUUUCUACACAUUUUCAAUGCCAUGGUGCUGUCCUGCAAGCCCCGGUUCGUGGUGGGUCUGGUGGGGUGUAACCCGUCGCAGCACCUGUCAGUGUUGACCCAGCAGCUGCACUACUGCCUGGCCAACAGCACCCUGCUACAGCCCCUCUCCCGGGGAUCCAUGCUGGCACUGGCCCUCAUCACCCUGGAGCUGGAGAAUAUCUGCCCUGACUGGCUGGCUCUCACCAUCCUCCUGCUCAGGAAAGCACAGAUCGACAGUUCUCAGCUGAUCCGCUGUCGAGAGCUGGUGUCACGUCACCUGUCCACACAGGAAGCUUCCCUGCCUCCCAACACUGUGUACAUCUACCAGCCCCUGGAUCCGGACCCGGACCCCUGCAACCGGAGAAGAGAGUUCAACACCAGGCUCCCCUCCCCAUCCACGGCCCCCAGGGACAGGAGCCUCUCCUGGGUCUCCUCUACCGCUACCAGCCUGCUCCGGGUCCACGGGCCACCCAAGCCAAGCCACCACUCCCACCAAGUCCACCUGCGCUGCAAGCACUCAGCCAAGCGCAAGGUGGAGGAGAUGGAGGUCGACGAAUUCUACGAGGGGAUCAAACGCCUCUACAACGAAGAGAGCGGGGGCGCUCCAGAAAGGACGGCGGUAACGGGGGAGGGGCCUCUAGGGGAGAGUAGUGUCCAGUUGGUCACCUCCCCCUGCCCCCCUCUCCAACCCGUCAGUGUCACAUAGAGAAGAGAAAGAAACCAAGGCCUUCUCUUUUAUCUGAGGUGGAAGGAAAAUAAGUCUCAGUAUUAAAUCCGUCAUGGCAAUAAUCCACCAUCCCCAGGUCUCGAUUGAGCCCACAAAAAAAGAUGCUGCUAUUUCAUAACUAUUUGUUGAGCACAAAUAUAAAAAGGAUAAAAAAAAAAGAUAUGAUAUAAAUAAAAAAAUAAAAAUCUUGUCCUUAAAAAGGUCAAAUGACUUCUUCUCCCAGUGAGUCUUUCUGUGAUGAUAUUUCUCUAAUGUAAGGUCGUGUGUCAUCUUAUUUCUGUUGUUGACCCUAACUAAUCUUUCCGUUUCAAUCAGUAUAUUCAUUUUCUUUAUCUUUUUUCCUAAACAAAUCAUUAUCAGCAUGUUGUCUUUAACCCAUAACAAAACAUGUCACUUUAGAGUUUGAUUGACUGUAAAGUGUGUGUAUAACUAUGUUAACCUGAAGUACUGAAUGUUUUUUUUUUUUUUUUUAAGAUUUUAUUUAGUUAAUAAUCUAAAUAUCCCCUCCACAACCUUCCUGUCUUUGUCCAAUCACAGUGUGGUGUAGUAGUUUAACCAAAGACUGGACAUUACAAGCAUUAGUGAAUCAGUUUACUCAAUGAAGCAAUAUGUUUUUAAGAUAAACAGCUUUGUUAAAAGGGGUUGAGUCCCAAAUAUCACCCUAUUCCCUACAUAGUGCACUACUUUUGACCAGAGCCCUAUGGGGAAUAGGGUGACAUUUCGGAUGCCUGAUGCAACCAAGAAGAGGGGAUGAAGAUGUAGCUACCAUAAUACACCUUAUCUUUUGCUGUUCAGAAACGACAUGCUGUUUUUUUUUGUUUUUUUGCCAAAAGGCUCUCUUGCUCUGGGGUGCUGGUAACUGCCUAUGUACUGCUGACAACUUGUGGCACCAAUAAAAAAUAAAUAUAAAUAAAAAGUGAAA